AUGAACAACUCUAGUAGCACAACCCACGUGACCGCAUUCCUCAGCAGCAGAGCUGAGCUGAAUCACCUCAUUCUGCAGCCGAUAUGGGACAUUGUCAGAUCACAGGAGCAAUGGAUCAAGUCCCCUUUCUACCCAGUGAUCUUUGCUUUCACUGUCUACAUGAUGUUCUGCAUCCCCUACCUGAUGCUGGACUUCUUAGCUCGUGUGAUACCAGAGCUGAAAAAGUACCAGCUGCAGCCCCGCACUAACACCACGCUGGCUAUGGUCCUGCACUGCUUGGCUUUCACUGUGUACAGCCACCUGGUCUUUGUGUUCCCAGUGACUGUUGCCUACUGGUGGUGGAGACCUGUGCACUUACCACUUGCUGCACCAGAACUACACCGUUUUGUGCUUGAUAGUAUAGCCUGUCUGCUCCUGUUUGAUUUCCAGUAUUUUAUCUGGCACGUUCUGCACCAUAAGGUCCCCUGGUUGUACAAGACCUUCCACAAGCAACAUCACAAGUACACCUCCACCUUUGCUCUUGCUACACAAUAUUCCAGUGCCUGGGAGAUGCUCUCACUUGGAUUCUUUGCUGGAGUAAGCCCCAUGAUGUUGGGUUGCCAUCCAAUGACAGAGAUGGGGUUCUUCAUCCUAAAUAUCUAUCUGUCUGUGGAAGAUCACUCUGGUUAUGACCUUCCCUGGUCUACUCACAAGAUUAUACCGUUUGGACUCUGUGGAGGACCUGGACAUCAUGAUUUGCAUCAUGAGAAGUUUUUCUCUAACUAUGCACCUUAUUUUACCCACUGGGACAAGCUCUUCAGGACACAAGCAAAGCAAUCCUCUAAAUAA